CUGAGAGAGAAAGAAAGUGAAAGAAAAGGAAAAUAAAAGGAAAAUAAAAAGAAAAGGGAGAAGAAAGAGGGAAGACAAAGGAAUCGAUUGUCGGCGCCCCAUGUUUCCGCCGACCAAUCUUCAUUUCAUUAUCUCUUCCACCUCCACACACUCCUUCUCUCUCUAUUAAAAACAAUUUCUUUUCUCUCUCUCUCUCGAAACUUCUUUUAAAACCCUAACCUUUCUUUUUCCCUUUGUUUUUUUUUUCUUUUUUUUUCGGUGCCUUCCUAAUAUUUUUUUGAACUAAUUGGAAGUUAUCCGAGUUUUUAUUUGAUCUAGGGUUAUAAUUUUCUUUCGUUUUUUUGUCAAAUUAAUUUUCGUUUUCGUUUUUUUUUUGGGGUUUUAUUUGAAGUUUUAAUUAGAAAAAUUAUGAGGAGAGGUAGCGGCGUUGUGGAGUCGUCUGUUAUUGUUGAGAGGGUUGACGAUGUUGAUAAGGAGAAGAAGAAAAAACGACGAUCUAAUCGUCGAUCCAAACAUAACUCAGCUUUUAAUUCAGUGAAUGAAGCACGUGGAGAAACAUCAGAUAGCUUGAAAAGCGAUGACAAAACAAAAAAUUUCGUAUCCUCUAUGGGUUAUUCUUCGUCCAAACAAGGAUUGGAGAUGACUUCGAAUGAACAGACAACAUCUAAUGUUGGUUUUAGUUCUAUGCCUACAAUGCAUAUCAAUGAACGAGUUGGCUCUGCUUGUGAUGAUACUGCUGUUGAUGUUGGUGGAAGCAUUUAUUCCAACUCGUGUCCUGAAUCAAUUGCCUAUCCGGGGUCAUCUAAAUUGUGCACAGAUGGAUUUCUUCCAUUCCACCAGUUUGAGGGUUCUUUCCGAAAGAAACUGUUUGCUCCUUACUGGCCUAUGGAGGCCGUAAAUGAGGCAUUGGAGAAAGGGGAAGCUUUCAAAGCGUUGUUUCGUGUGAAUGCGCACAACCGACUGGAGGCAUAUUGCAAAAUAGAUGGGGUACCUACAGAUGUUCUUGUCAAUGGAAUGUAUUCGCAGAAUAGAGCUGUUGAGGGAGAUAUUGUGGUUAUUAAGGUUGAUCCUUUGGGAUUGUGGACAAAGAUGAAAGGGUCAAAUGGGUCCUCAAACAAUUCUACAGUGGUAGAAGAUUGUAAUUUAGUUCAAGAGGUCAAUGGACUUGCUGAUAAUAGCGAGAAGGGUAAAGGAAAGGUAGAUGCCAAUUGCGAGCAUAGUGAUGGUAGAAGUGGAGUACUACCUGAUAAAGGGUUUUAUGAUGCAACACAAGUGACUAGAACAGCAGCAUACAACUAUGUAAAUGGGCAUCACCAAUAUGGUUCGGAGUCUUUGCAUGUGGGUCUUUUACCUGGGCAGAAUCAAGGAAUGAAUUCAGUGGAUCAGUUGGCUUCCAUGACAAUUCGAUACCCUCUGAAACGACCUACUGCAAAGGUUGUUGCAAUUGUUGAAAAAUCUCUUCGAAGGAAUGCUAUUGUCGGCUUUCUUAAUGUUAAGCCGUGGUUCUCCUAUCUAGAACUUAAUAGAAAAGAUGCAAAGAAAAAUUCUGUGAUCCUUGAUCACGAGUAUGUUACAUUGACCCCAACUGAUCCAAGAUUUCCCAAAAUGGUUGUUUUUGUGAGAGACUUACCAGUCUCUAUAAAAAAGAGGUUGGAAGAUGGUGAUAUAACAAUUGAGACGGAGCUGCUAGCUGCCCAAAUUGAAGAUUGGAGUGCAGAAAGUUCUUUCCCAUGUGCUCGUGUCUCUCAUUCUUUUGGACGGGGCAGUGACUUGGAACCUCAAAUCAAUGCAAUUCUAUAUGAAAAUGCAAUUCAUUGUGCUGAUUUUUCUCCUCAAGUACUUUCUUGUCUUCCAAGUACUCCUUGGGAAAUCCCAUCCAAGGAAAUUCAAACUAGAAGAGACCUUAGAGACGUGUGUGUGUUCACUAUUGACCCUCCCACCGCUUCUGAUCUUGAUGAUGCUUUAUCUGUUGAAAAGUUAUCGAAGGAUACUUUUAGAGUAGGUGUACACAUCGCAGAUGUGUCGUACUUUGUCUUACCAAACACAGCCUUAGAUGUAGAAGCUCGGUAUCGAUCAACCAGUGUCUACUUGUUGCAAAGGAAGAUACAGAUGUUGCCAUCUUUGCUUUCAGAAGAGCUUGGCUCGCUCAACCCUGGAGUAGAUAGGCUUUCCUUUUCUAUGUUUUGGGAAUUAAACAGCAUGGGGGAUGUUUUGGAUCGUUGGAUUGGUCGUACAGUGAUAAGAUCUUGUUGCAAGCUUUCAUAUAGACAUGCUCAAGACUUCAUUCAAGGUAUAGCUGAUGUGGAGAACUUUAGUACCUUAGAGGGGUACCCUGAGUUGCAUGGUCAAUUUGAAUGGUCUGAUGUUAUUAGAUCUGUUAAAUAUCUUCAUGAAAUUUCAAAAACUUUGAAGGAGAAAAGAUUUAAUGGUGGUGCUCUACAGCUUGAAAGUGCUAAAAUUGUUUAUUUAUUUGAUGAAGAUGGGGUUCCAUACGAUAGCAAUCUAAUUGAGCGGAUGGAUUCAAAUUUUCUUGUCGAAGAGUUCAUGCUUUUGGCAAAUACGACAGCUGCAGAAAUAAUAUCUAGAGCUUUUCCGGAUAGUGCAUUAUUGCGAAGGCAUCCUGAACCUAACAUGAGAAAACUUAAAGAGUUUGAAGCUUUUUGUCGUAAACAUGGUCUAGCAUUGGAUACUUCCUCUUCUGGUCAGUUUCACCAAUCCUUGGAAAAAUUAAGGGAAAAACUCAAGGGUGAUUCUGUUUUUUUUGAUAUUCUCAUCUCAUAUGCUUCAAAACCGAUGCAAUUGGCUAGUUACUUUUGCAGUGGUAACUUAAAAGAUAACUUGAAUGAUUGGGGUCAUUAUGGGUUGGCUGUUCCUCUCUACACGCAUUGUACUUCGCCUCUACGUCGUUAUCCAGACAUUGUUGUACAUCGGACGUUGGCUGCUGUAAUUGAAGCUGAGGAGCUAUGUAUGAAGCAUAGAAGGGUGCUUAAAUGUACAGAUGGGAAGGUGUCCAAACAUUGUUUCACUGGUAUUUAUUUUGAUAAGGAAGCUGCAGAUUCUCCACAAGGGCAAGAAGCAUUGUCAAAUGCUGCAUUGAAGCAUGGAAUCCCUUCCCCUGAUCUGCUUGGCGAUGUUGCUGCGUAUUGUAAUGAGAGAAAGCUGGCCAGCAGGCAUGCAGAGGAUGCUUGUGAGAAACUCUAUAUGUGGGUUUUGCUAAAGAGAAGGGAGAUUUUGUUGUCUGAUGCUAGAGUGUUGGGAUUGGGUCCAAGAUUUAUGUCUGUUUACAUUCAGAAGCUGGCUAUUGAGCGGCGAAUAUACUAUGAUGAAGUUGAAGGGUUAACUGUAGAAUGGCUUGAAUCUACCUCAACGCUGGUGCUCAGUUUAGCUGGGCACAAACGCUUGUUCAAGAGAGGUGGCCCAGGGAAUUACAUGGCUCUAGGAAAUGCUGCAUGGGUUGUAAAUCCUUAUGAUCUAAGUGCGGAAACAGGUAUUGAUGACUGUGAUGCAACGCGCAUGGCAAAUGGUGAGGUGGCAUUAUCAGAUUCAGAGCCAAACUCGAAGCCUUGGGUUGAUCCUGGAGCCUUCCCUCUAACGGUGCGGAUGCUUUCAACAAUUCCUGUGGCACUGUAUGCAAUUGGUGGUGAUGAUGGACCCCUCGAGAUUGGGGUACGAUUAUACAUGAGUUCAUAUUUGAAGUAACUCGUGUUUUGAAGAAAGGGCAAUGGAGUAUGGAACGACCUGGGGGGGGGGUGAACAAAGGGAACAGAGCCUUGUAUGGAAUGAACAGGUUCUGUUGUAGAUAAGAAAGUAGUGUAUAGUUAAUGUGGUGGGACUAGGGAGGUGUAGAUAGAUAUAACGGUGGGUUGGGGUUAUGGUGGAUUGUUUUGGGGUUUAUUAUAAGUAGCUGGUGUUUUUUUUUAACAAAAAGCUGCUCUUGGAAAUUGGCCCUUGUUUUUAUCGGCAAGUUCCAUCUAAUAUUCCUCUAGUAACUACAAUGAAAACUAUUCGACACUGAGCUUUAGCAUAGCUUAGCUUAGGAGUCGAUUCUAUGCUGUAUUGCUGGACUGCAGCCCGAAAGUUUUUUGGAGUUUGGGUGGCUGAUUUCAGUUGUUUUCAGAUUCUUUGUUUUUAUCAGACAUUUUUAUUGUCGGAA